UUCCAACUAAAACCUGAAGUGGCAGCAGAGUAUGCGUGUCUCCAUGUAUGCGAACCCACGAAGAAGAAAAUGAAAACGACAAACAAGAAGAAAAUCGGAAGUGCUUCGCGUCCUUGUGAGAGAUCGACGAUCGCAGAAGAAUGAAUCGAAGCGUGUUUGCUAUCCAGCAGGUGGUGCGGCGAACCUUCUGCAGCUCUGCUCGGAGGCCGGUGGAGAACCAGGUCCCCAAGAACCAGAAGCACUUCCAGGAGGACAACGGCAUUCCCGUCCACCUUAAAGGCGGCACGGGCGACGCGCUGCUCUACAGGGCCACCAUGACACUCACCGUGCUGGGUGUGGGCUACGUGCUGUAUGAGCUGGUGAAGGCGGCCUACCCUCAGAGGAAAGCUUGACUUCACUUCCACGUGCGUUGAGUGUGAUGAUGAUGAUGAGCGUCGUCGUGUUCCUAUCACGUUCAUGGGAUCAAUAUUUAUUUCUCAUUGAGAUCAAUUAAAGUUCUCAUGAUCAAUAA